AAGAUUAUAUUUAGCUCCGCGAAUCUCAUCGUCAUCGUCAUCGUCUUCGUCGCGUCUCCUUCUUCCCCCGAUUCAAUCCAAUUUUGAUUCGAUUCCCCUCCGUCGAGAAGAGAUCUCAAUCCCGGAGCAAAACAUCGUAAUCAGGAUUCAUUCACCCAAUUAUAGAUCUCUAUCGAUUGCUUUCUCCCCCUCGAUUCGAUUCGAUUCGAUUCGAUUCGGCUAAAUUCGCUUUAGAUGCUGGGUUUAUCACACAAGGAUGAUCACUCCUCGUCUGGGUUUUGGUCCAGUGACGUCGAUGGUGUCAGCUACAAGCAGCUUGACAAGUUCUGGAGUGAGCUGUCUCCGAGAGCUAGGCAGGAGCUUCUCAGGAUCGACAGGCAGGCUCUCUUUGAGCAGGCGCGCAAGAGCAUGUGCUGCUCUAGAUGCAAUUCGCUGCUUCUAGAAUGCUUCUUGCAGAUUGUUUCGCAAGGAAGUAGCAAGUCCUCGCCGAAAGAUCAAACCUUUCUAUCCCGUAACUUUUGUAAUACCUCAGCUGUGAGUCAAUGGGGAGGCCUCACCGCCGCGAGGGAUGGAUCGCUCACGGUUCUUGAUUGCUAUUUGUAUGCCAAAUCUUUCAAAGCGCUGCAGAAUGUGUUUGAGAGUGCACGUGUGCGAGAGAGGGAGCGUGAGUUGCUUUAUCCUGAUGCUUGUGGUGGUGAUGGAAGGGUUUGGAUAAGUCAAGGUUAUGGCAAAGGUUAUGGAACAAGAGACUCUUGUGCUUUGCAUACAACAUGGCUCUCUUGUGAGACGUUAGUUGAUUUUUGGUCUGCUCUAGAAGACGAAAGCCGACAGUCUCUUUUCACUAUGAAAGAAGAGGAUUUCAUUGAUAGACUAACUUCCAGAUUCGACUGCAAGAAGUUUUGUAGAGACUGCAGAAAAAAUGUUAUCCGAGAGUUUAAAUCGCUCAAGGAACUUAAACGAAUGCAAAGGAAACCACAAUGUACCGAGUGGUUUUGUGCUGCCGAUACAGCUUUUCAAUAUCAGGUGGGAAGUAAUUCCGUUAGAGCAGAUUGGAGUCAACAUUUUACAGAGAAUGCUGGAUAUCAUCAGUUCGAGUGGGCCAUUGGAACUGAAAAAGGCGAAAUCGAUAUCCUCGAGUUCAAACGAGUGGGCAGUAAUAGGAGUGCCCAAGCCAGUGGCCUAGACCUUCAUGGAUUAAAAGAAUGCUACAUUACUCUUAGGGCAUUUAAAAAAAAUGGCCGCUCCUCCGAGAUAUCAGUCAAAGCCCAUGCAUUGGGAUGCCAACAAUGCGUUCAUUCAAGGCUUGUGGUUGGGGAUGGAUUUGUUACAAUUAAAAGAGGGAAAUGCAUCCGAAUGUUUUUUGAGCAUGCCGAAGAGGUUGAGGAAGAAGAGAAUGAAGUCGCGAUGGACAAAGAUGGGAAUGAGCUUGAUGGUGAGUGCUUCCGUCCACAAAAGCACGCUAAGAGUCCAGAACUUGCUCGAGAGUUUCUUCUAGAUGCUGCAAUGGUUAUAUUCAAGGAGCAGGUUGAAAAGGCUUUUAGGGAUGGUACAGCCCGUCAAAAUGCACACAUUAUAUUUAUCUGCCUCUCAUCGAAACUACUAGAACAACGUGUUCAUGUUGCCUGCAAGGAAAUUAUCACCUUGGAGAAGCAGAAUAAGCUUCUUGAGGAAGAAGAAAAAGAAAAGCGUGAAGAAGAGGAGCGAAAAGAGCGGAAAAGAACAAAAGAAAGGGAGAAAAAACUUCGUAGAAAAGAGAGGUUGAAGGAAAAAGAGCAGAAGAACCCAAAGUUUAUUGAUAAGGAACGAGAAAAACGAGCAGAAGAAGGCUCUGUGAAUCUUGAUGAGGAAUCAAACAACACCAUAAACUGUGAGGACACAGGAAUUGAAACUGGAGAUGUAGAAUUGUCUUCACCUGGUACUCCUGAUGAUCAAGAUGGAGAGUGUUUGGAUGGUUGCAUUACUUCAACCGCGGAGACCCACUAUUCUGAUAGCACUGAUAAAGAGAUUAUAGAUCAUGAAAAUGGGUGCUGUACAAAUGAUAGCCCAGGACCUGUUCAUCAGACGGAAAGAUUAUGGAUAGAACGAUCUUCAAGACAUCCUAAUGGGUCAAAUAAAAAUCUGAGGGUGAAAGCUUUGAAGGCUGGUGGUAAACCAAACAGCAUUAGGUCUCAUCAGGGGUUUCAGUGUUCAGAAAAGAGGAAUGGUGAGAGGUACGAUGACCAUUCUUGCAGUUACAAACCCAGUAAUGGAUACUGGGAAAAGGCAGAAUCUAAUAUAUCGGCAGCCAGAGGUAUGCCAGUAACUGUGAGAAAGGUUUUGGACUCCACGCAGCUGAAGCAUCCGCGAAACAGCUCACACUCUGAUGCAGAAGAGGUUGUAGAUGUUAGUUUCGCUGUGAAGUUAGCUGAUACACAGGCUGAAUGCAAUGCUUCAGAAAAGUUGGGUAGUGAUUGCAUCAGGUUUUCUGGUAAUUGUAUUAAUCCAAUUGAGGAAGACAAGAAGAUGGAAGUUCACUUAAUAUCGAAGAAUGGUGACAUGUACUCGAAAGAUCCUAUAAUGAGUAGAAGCUCCAGUUCAGAUAAUUGCUCUUCAUGUCUCAGUGAAGGAGAUAGCAAUACAUCGUCUUCAAACAGCAGAAACACUGGAUCCUCCCCGAUGUCUGACUUGGAAGAGAAACUAGUGGACAAUGAAAUGCAUCACUGUCACGAGAAGAUGAUAGAGAAAGAGACAGAGAAGAGUAUUGAUGAAAGAGACCUUUUAAGGAUUAAGAAAAUGUCCAACCAUCCAGCUGAAAACGAGGAAAGUAAAUUAUCAGAAACUCCUUCUACGGUUCUUAGCCAAAGCAUGGACAAUACGGUACCCAGUGUUAUAACUGGUUCCUACCCGUCCCAGCCACAAAGCAUGAUGUUUCCUCAAAUGCUUAACCAGAGUAUACCUGUGCCUGUCUUCCAGUCUCCUGCAACAAUGGGUUACUAUCAUCAAGCUCCAGUAUCUUGGUCUGCAGCUCCAGCCAAUGGAUUGAUGCCAUUCCCUCAUCCUAACCAUUAUGUGUACGCAGGUACUCUUGGAUACAGCCUGAAUGGAGAUUCACCGUUAUGUCUGCAGUAUGGGACCCCAUUGAACCAUUCAGCAACCCCUUUCUACAACUCCGGGCCAGCUCCCCUUUUUCACCCGUUUGCUGAAAUCAACACAAUGAACAACACUGUUGAACAAGUUCUAACUCUUGAGCCACUGGAGCGGAGUUAUCUGAAGGAAGCAGAAGAUGAAAGGGAAAUAAACAGAAUGUCUCCAGUGAAAACUCCAAGCAGAAGAGGUCAGGAAACUGAUAGUGGCGAGGACUUCUCCUUGUUCCACUUUGGUGGGCCGGUUGCUCUUUCUACAGCAAGUAGGUCGAAUCCUGCUAAUCCCAAAGAUGGGGUUUUGGGGGACUUCUCCUUGCAGUUCUCAGGAGACCAUUUGUUUGGUGACAAUAAUAAAAAGAAGAAAGAGAGGACAGUGGGUGAAGAGUACAAUUUGUUUGCGGAAAGUAACUGUUUGAAGUUUUCUCUCUUCUAAGAGGUUGGUUUAUACUGUUUACUGGAAAGGGUUUAUACAGUUUACUUUGGACUUGUUUGGUGGUUUAUUUUAUUUCGUGUAAAGAUCCUCUGCAAGAGUUUUUUUUCUUCUUUUUCAUUUUCAAAGAUUCAGAUUUA